CAGGGAUACUGACGUCUCCCUUAACACCACCAACACAGCAACACUCUCCACUCUGGCUACAACCUUCACUUUUACGUUAUUUCGUUAUAUUACAUUCUGUUGGCGUUAAAAUACGUAGUCGACGUCAUUACUUUCAAGGGUAAAAGAAGAAUUGUAAUUUGGUUGAACGACAUUCCUGAACGGACAAGUUGUAUCAAUAUUCAGCUUUUGGAACACUUUUCUAAAAAGAAAAUAAUAACGUAAAAACAUUCAGAGUUCAUAUAGGAGCAAAAUAUCGGCUUCAAGAGUCCAAAAUCUUUUUCAGAAAAUAAAAUAGGGAAGCUAUGAGAGGACAUCCAAAUAAGAAACCAUAUGAGUGUUCAGUGUGUCUAAAAUGUUUCUUAAAAAAAUCACUUUUAAUAAGACACAUGAGAGUUCAUACGGGAGAAAAACCAUAUCAGUGUUCAACAUGUCUUAAAUCCUUUUCAGAUAAAGGAAAUCUUGCAAAUCACAUGAUAGUCCACACAGAUGAGAAGCCACAUCAUUGCUCGUUGUGUAUAAAAACCUUUAAACGAAAAGAAAGUCUAGUCUAUCAUAUGAAAGGACAUACUGGGCAGUCAUAUUUUAAAUGUUCAGAAUGUCUAAAAGAUUUUAAACAUCACUCACGUCUAUUAACACACAUGAAAUUUCAUACAGGGGAGAAACGAUAUCAUUGUAUUGUGUGUCAAAGAGUAUUCAAUCAAAAACAUAACCUAAAACAGCAUAUGAGAGUUCAUGAAAGAGACUCAAUAUUUCGUUGUACAGAGUGUUUAAAAGAUUUUAAUUAUAAACAUCAUUUAGUACUGCAUAUGAGAGUUCACACAGGUGAGAAACCAUAUCAGUGCAGUAUAUGUCUGAAAGAAUUCACUCAAAAAACUCAUUUAAAUGUGCAUAUGAGAGUGCAUACAAAAGAGAAACCCUAUCAUUGCUCAAUAUGCAAAGAAGACUUUUCAGUUAAAUCAUCUCUAAUAAGUCAUAUGAGAGUUCAUACAGGAGAGAAACCAUACAAAUGUUCUGAAUGUCAACAGUGUUUUUCACGACAUUUAUAUCUUUUAUACCAUAUGAGAAUUCAUACUGGAAAGAAACCAUAUAACUGUUCAGUGUGUGGGAAAGAUUUCAGAAUAAAAUCAACUCUAGUAAAACAUAUGAAUGUUCAUACAAAAGAGAAACCAUAUCAAUGUUCAAUAUGUCUUAAAAAGUUUUCAUUUAAAUCAAGUUUAUCAAGUCAUUUGAAAAUUCACAGACUAGAAACCACAUCACUUUUUACAUAGUGUAAUACAGUGGACCCCCGCAUAACGAUUACCUCCGAAUGCGACCAAUUAUGUAAGUGUAUUUAUGUAAGUGCGUUUGUACGUGUAUGUUUGGGGGUCUGAAAUGGACUAAUCUACUUCACAAUAUUCCUUAUGGGAAUAAAUUCGGUCAGUACUGGAACAUGAACAUACUUAUGGAGUGAAAAAACAUCGUUAACCGGGGGUCCACUGUAUUUAAAAGAAGAGAACAUAAGCCAAGUGUUAUAUUAGAAUGUAGAGAAGUCAUUCAUAAAAUUCAUUUUAUUAAAAUUGGAGUCAUUCCUGGAGAAUAAUGUUUUUGAUGUAAAUGGUUUAAAAAACCACCAGGUUGAAUGAGAGACUUGCUCAGCAUUUAGGAAUCACUAUUACAGAAACAUUUUGCCAUUGGCAAAAUGAAUGGUGGAAGAUGAAGAAGAGUUUGAGGUAACAAGUCCCUCAGACUGGAGUUGAUGUGUUCAGUUCAUCAAUCUUGAGAUUUAAUGAACUGAUUGCUUCAAACUCUUUCUCAUCUUCCACCGUUUUUCUCUGUAAUGGACUGAAGAAGCCACUGGCUGGCUAAACGCUUCUAUAAUAAAGAUUCCCAAAUAUAGCACAAGUGUCUCAUUCUUCCAAAUAAACCUUUUAAUGUCUCAAAGACUUUGUACACAAACCUAAAAUUAUUUAUUGGUGCACUACAUUGAUGAGUACCGAGACUAGUGCCUCAGUUGAUGCUCUGAAGUGUGAGAAACAUAGCUGAAGUGUGAGAAACAUAGCUGAAUUGUGAGAAGCAUAGCUGAAGUGUGAGAAGCAUAGCUGAAGUGUGAGAAACAUAGCUGGAGUGUUAGAAGCAUAGCUGAAGUGUGAGAAGAAUAGCUGAAGUGUGAGAAACAUAGCUGGAGUGUGAGAAGCAUAGCUGAAGUGCAAGAAGCAUAGCUGAUGUGUGAGAAGCAUAGCUGAAGUGUGAGGAGCAUAGCUGGAGUGUGAGGAACAUAGCUGGAAUGUGAGGAACAUAGCUGGAGUGUGGGGAAACUCCUCCACUCACAUAUUUUAAAAUGAAUGUAUAAAAAGAAGAAUUUUAUAUUAUAUCUGUUCUUGCAUCUGCAUCUAAAUUUCAUAAAUACUGGACAUAUUUAUGGAAGUGCCUAAUUUUCUGUAAAAGAUGUGUUUCAGGGCCAGAUUGAUGUAUAUAAUGCACAUAGGGCAUUAAUGAGAAAAGUGAAGUCAUCAUGUAACAGCAAAUUCACAUAUAACAAACCCAUAUAAAACAGGGAUUAUUAUAAUAUCCAAGUUAAUGAUAUUUGAAAGCCUUUCUCUCAUGUAGUUAUAUUUUGUUAUACGUUCUUCACUUAUUUUGCUAUAAAUCACAUCAGAGGCUGACAAUUGUGUAUAUGUUUUCCUCUUGCUUAAAAGAGCCAUGUAAGAAUGAAUCUUCAUAAGAGUGAAGAUUAAAGGUUCUGGCCUUGAUAUUCUUAUAUGAGUUUUUAUAGUUCAGUCCUCUAUGACUUGCUUCAGAGAUAUUUCAAUACCUAGGCUUUAGUUUCAGCAUUUUUUCAUUCAUAUGUAUACACCUUUUCAUUGUAAAAGCCUGAAUAAAGUUUC